UUGCAGGUUUACAUCUGUUCAGAUACAUUACAACCUUAAUCUUUCUGGGUUUAGUGUAUUUGAUUAAGGCCUUAAUUAAUCAAUUAACUAGUUAGGACUCGAACUCGAGAACUCUAGUUAAUUGAUUAAGGUAAUAGCUAAAAUCAUGAAUCAUGUGCGAAUUCCUAUCGACCCAGAUGAUGAAAGUUGGAAAGAGAGAUGCAGCAAGAGGAUGAAGGAAUUGGAGAAUAGACAAUUCCCAAGUCAAAACGCAGCAUCACAACCAGAACUAGUGCAUAAGGAGCUUGUUGGGAAGAGAAAAGUUAUGACAUCUGAGUUGUAUGAAGCUGUUGAAAAAGGAGACGUGGAAAACUUCGUGGACGCGUUGCAGAGAACAUGUGAUGAAAGGAGAACACCCUUGCAUGCUAUUUUCGAUCAAGUUACCUGCGCAGGUGAUUCAUUGCUUCAUGUGGCAGCAGAUCAUAAGGGGAGAGAAAGGAUCGCGGAGUUGAUUUGUGAUCACUUUCCUGAGCUUCUUAUUGGGAGAAACAUAAGAGGAGAUACUCCACUUCAUGUUGCUGUGAGGUCCAAGAACUCUACUAUAGUCAAGUUAAUUCUCUCCCAUUAUGCUAGAAAGAAGACAAAGCAUGAUGGGAUGAGAGAUAGAGAGAUAACAAGAGAAACAAAUAAGUAUGAGAACACUCCUUUGCAUGAGGCUGUCUACAGUGGAGAUGUUGGUGUGGUAAAAGAGAUUUUAUUUGCAGAUAACGAUGUGGUUCAUUAUUUGAACAAGUCAAAGCGAUCACCACUGUAUAUGUCAGUGGUGAAUGGGAAGAAUGAUGUGCAAAUUCUGAAUCUUCUAUUGAAAAUUCCAUUUCCUGCGGAUCUUCCAGAGUGCCUUGGAAACUCUCCACUUCAUGCAGCCCUGUUAGAACGGAAGCCUGCUCUAAUAAAAGAGAUAUUAGACAAAAGACCAGAGCUAAUUUAUUUAAGGGAUGAGCAUGGAGGUACUCCCCUUCAUUACGCAGCUUACAUUGGUUAUCUUAAGGGAUUUUGUAUGCUGUUAGAUAAUACAUUUAAGAAAUCAGAUCAAACUGUCUUGGAAGGGAACAAGAAGGGUCAUCUUCCUAUUCACCUUGCUUGCAAAAGGGGUCAUGUUGAGCUGGUAAAAUAUUUCCUUCAACAGAAAUUUGUUACAAAUCUUUAUGUUCUCCUUCUCCUGAAUCAAAAGGGUCAGAAUAUUCUUCAUGUUGCUGCAAAGAAUGGGAGAAAUAAUGUGGUAGAAUAUAUGUUGAAAAGUUUGAAGAUUGAUGAAUCUAUUAUAAACCAGAAAGACAAUGAUGGAAACACUCCAUUGCAUUUGGCUUCAAUAAAUUUAUUUCCUAAAGUUUUGUACUCUAUUUCACAAGAUAAGAGAACUAAUGUGAAACUCCUGAAUAACGACGACUUAACAGCUCAAGAUAUCGUUGGUCUGGCAUUGAAAAAUCAAAUGACGAUUCGAAAGUUUCUAGCCAAACGAGUAUUGCAACAAGCUAAUGUCCCCUCGAAGGUAGACGACAUGUUGCUUCCUCAACAUCAAAAACCACCCAAAACAGAUUUGAGCUUAAAAGAUCUCAUCAACACAUUUUUAGUUGUGGCCACAUUGAUGGUCACUGUGACAUUUGCAGCGGCUUUCACUGUGCCAGGAGGUGUAUACGGUCCUGAUGACCCAAACCCUAAAAAUAGAGGGGUGGCAGUUUUGGCUGAGAAACCAUUUUUCUGGGUAUUCACCACUUUCAACAUGACAGCUAUGUAUAGCUCUGUACUUGCAUGUGGACUUAUGUUGAUGGCAUUGAUUUUUGAUCAUAAAUUGGCAACACGAGCAACUAUCCUUGCAAUGGGUUGUUUGGUUCUUGCAUUUUUAUUCGUACCAGUGGCAUUUAUGGCUGCUGUACGUCUAGUUGUUGUUAACAACUCUGCACUUGCCCUUCUAAUUACUGUCAUUGGAGGUGUGUACACUUCCCUCAUCUUGGUGGCUCUUUUAGGAUUUUUCCCAGUUGGAAUUCGCAUUUUUCCAUUUCGUCAACUUGGUAGGUUCAUUCUUUGGAUUCUAAUUGCAUUAAUUGACUAUGAUAAUAAGCCUGAAAAUCCAUCUUCUGAUCAGAAAGCGAACAAGGACAAGGAUGAUUAGUUACACGUACAGGAGUAUGUGAAUUAGAUGAGCUUGUGUAACAAGGAUAUGAAACUAAUGAAACUAUAUCUAGCAUUUAUUAUGUUGUGUUUUGGGGGAAUAAAUGUGAAUGGGAAUGGCAAUUAAAAUUUCAUAUUUGUUGUUGAGUAAUUUUCCUUUAUGUAUGAUGCAAAUGAAACUUUGGGAUUUGAUUGACAAAAGAAAUUAAGAAGUUCAUUGAAAUAA